CUAGGCACUAUACUCCCACCACCUUUGCGGCCAGAACAGCCGGAAGCACCUUUCGGAAACUGCACGCAGCAGCCAGAUUCUGGUGGUGUUUGGUCACGGUUUCGUGCGUAACAUGUUCACUUCCGGAUAACGCAGACUGCUGUGUCUUGGUCUGUCUUGGUAUCUGCAGCGAAACAUCAAUCGGCGCGCGGCGGCGAGAUGAGCUUCCUUUUCGGGGGUCGCUCCUCCAAGACCUUCAAGCCAAAGAAGAACAUCCCGGAGGGUACCCACCAGUAUGACCUGAUGAAGCAGGCAGCGGCCACGCUGGGCUCGGGCAACCUGCGGCUCGCCGUGAUGCUGCCCGAAGGCGAGGACCUCAACGAGUGGGUGGCUGUCAACACAGUGGACUUCUUCAACCAGAUCAACAUGCUGUACGGCACAGUGACCGAGUUCUGCACUGAGGGCAGCUGUGCAGUCAUGUCAGCGGGCCCCAAGUACGAGUACCACUGGGCUGAUGGACAGACGGUCAAGAAGCCCAUCAAGUGCUCAGCCCCCAAGUACAUCGAUUACCUCAUGACAUGGGUGCAGGACCAACUUGAUGAUGAAGCCUUGUUCCCUUCAAAGAUAGGUGUGCCCUUCCCCAAGAAUUUCUUCUCAAUUGCAAAGACAAUCCUGAAGCGGCUCUUUCGAGUCUACGCACACAUCUAUCAUCAGCACUUCUCGGAGGUGGUGCAGUUGGGCGAGGAGGCACACCUCAACACCAGCUUCAAGCACUUCAUCUUCUUUGUCCAGGAGUUUGGGCUCAUUGAUCGGCGGGAGCUGGUGCCUCUGCAGGAGCUCAUUGAGAAGCUUACCAGCAAGGACAGGGACAGCAAUCCGUCACGCUAGGACAUGGCGGUCUGCCUUCCUGAAACAACACGCGCCACCGCCACUUUUGCCUCCUCCCACCUUUCGGUUCUGCAUCUGUAAAGACUUCCCUUUAGACAGCCAAUGUUCUGCCUUGUGUUGUCCUUGAACGCUGCUGGAACAACCGAAGGUUUGCCUUGAAUGCUUGUCCUUGGGGGGGUGAAACAAGCACCCUUGAUGGUGCGUAGAUUCACUGCAUCACCGUUGCCACAUACGACGUUUUUCUACCAUCUGCUUACUUUCAACCAUUCUGUAUUACUGUACAUGUUUCUUUGAGGCUAGAAGCACACUGUGCAAUUUUUAAGAAUUGUAUUUUCACACUUUGAUUCUAUCAAAUAUGCUGCCAUUAGCUGCAGACGACCUUAGUUGGGGGAUGUGCUCCUGUCCUUUCAGUGAAUAUCCCAAUGCCACAGUCAGUUUCUGUUUUUACAUGGAUGUGUCUUGGUCUAUAUUUUUAGAGCUUCUGUGUCAACUAACUUUGUUAUUAUGCUCAGCUAUUUUGCCACUUACCUUUGUGAACAUGAAUAGUCUUUUUUGUGCUUGCUGAUUGGCUGAAUUUGCAAGGCCACAGAAGCCCGUCAUACACCAGCGAGCACCCAGAACUGUGCGAAUAGCACAGUUCUGGGUGUGAAGUGAAUUCGAAUAUUGAAGGGUGAGUGCUAAUCAAAUAGAAUAUUUUUUGAAUAUUUCUAGAAUAUUUUUUUAAUACUACGAAGCAAAACUGCAGAAGAAAAAGUCUGAGCAGAUUCUUAAGCAUAUUCUUAUGAGAUAGCAACAUGACCGUGUUUUUAAUCGCUUGGUUGAUGAAACACUGGGUGGGCUGUGUUUUAUAUUUGUCUUAUUUGUCUUAUCAAGAAUGAGGUAAUGCAGAGGCCGGAUCAUAUUUAUGCACAAGAUUGAUGUAAUCAAGUGCUGCCAACAACACUUGCCACAUGAAAGGCAAAGAUGCUAUUUCCUCUAUCUCUUUCAGCCUUUGUGGAAGCCCAUUUGAUGUGGUGAAUAGUGGUGUGCUCCCUUCAAGUGGGAGUUUCAAAUCUGCCUCGUCGGCGUCAAUAUAAGGGACCAUCUGAAAUUUCGGAUGCUAAAAAUCUUCUGUGUCUGAUUUUUGAGACUUCUUGCCCAAAUUUUAGGUCCAAAACAGCAUUAAUUGAGCCUCUACGUCUGCCACUACUAUCAUCUCUAUGUUGAUUAAGUGUUUACAAUUGUAGAGUCGGUGUAUUUGCACCCAUAGCAGUCUGAAAGGCAGCUUUGCCGCAAUGCGAAAGUGUAAUGGGAGGGAAGCAUAUCAAAGAUGUGAAAGGGUCACUUUCAAUUUGACGUUAAUCGUAUUUGUCUUUGGGGAGUUGGAAUAGUGAAAUUUAAGUGUAGAUUUAAUCGGAUAGCAAACUCUAUUGGAAAAAAUUAUUGGAAGUUUUGAAUAUACAUCCACCCGAAGUAGAAAUUUAAUCAGACUUUGAAUGGGUGCACUGCACUAUAGUGUCACUUUAGUGACAUGCUACCAGUGGAGAAAGGGAAUUGUCAUAUGGAAUUAACAGCAGCAUUUAUCAGUUAAUGAGCCAGCAAGUUUUAUAUAUUUAUAAUGUGCAAUUUUUGCAAAAUUAACAUUGGCAUAACCAGAUGCAAUAAAAGAAGACAAGAUGACAGUGCAACAAGCAUCUGAAUAACAUAACAUCCUGCGCAUUUAGAAGCGUGAAUGUCAAAGCAUUUAUUUAUUGAUUUCUUUACCUUCAAAGCCGAUAUGACAUUAAAGGUGGCCUAUAUUUAUUCCCAUAACUUCGAGGAUCAAUAUGAUGUUACUAGAGGGAGCAUACGUAAAAACUCGCAUGCUCUCUUAUACAUUCAGUGUAGUGAUCCUCCCCGGCCUCCCUCUGAAAGCUUUCUGUACGUCACCUGGUUUCGCACUGGAUCACUGUUCGGCCCACCUGUGACUAAGCGACGAUGUUAUGUGAUGAUGUCAUCAUAGUGCCAUCUUGAUGACUUCACAAAUUUUGGCAACCUUUGUUGUCAUCUCAUGAUGAAGAAUAUCUGCAUCACAUUAUUCAAUUUUCACAUUAGAUGAGGCGUAUAAGUUCACACAUGUUAACUAAUGCAUUGUUGAUGCCUUAUAAACAGAAGUCCUUUCAUCGACUGAGGAAGAACAGUUGUCUCAUAAGCUGGAAUGCAUAAUUCAAGAAGCAGUUUCCAAAGCAGAGUUGUUCUUUUUUUCAGGGGUGCAGCAGCUGUGCUGAUUGUGCCAUGCUGUGUCCAAUUGCCCAACCAGCCUCAAAAUUUUCUGAGGGCUGCACUGGUAACCCGCAGUUUAGACAUCGACAGCCAAUGUAAUCCAAAGGUGCAGAGAAGCCAUGGGCUUGCUGUUUUAUGUUGGGAGCUUAAAAAUUUUUCUUGCUUUUUACAGUGCAUGGACAUUUUAAAAUAAAGCAUAAGCUUGGAUGUAUUCAAUGAAAGUAUCGACCAUUUGCCUGCCAUUCACCUCUGCCAACUUUCUCGGGAUACUCCCUAAUAUCAAGCAGUGUGCUCAAUUAGACAAGUGUGGCCAUAAGUUCUCUGAUAAGCAGACGUAAUUUCACCAUGAAACAAAAUGGCAAAGAACAGCAGUUUCUAAAUUUUGUAGCUUUGUUCUCUCUUGCAGAUCACUGUUUAGGUAACUUUAACUGCACUAUAGCAGUGUCGUGCAGAAAAGUGUUCUGAAAAAUUGUGAAGAGGCUAGUACGAGUACACGCUGUCACAGGACGCAGCACAUUUUGUUCCUUAAUACACAUGUGUUCGCCAUAUAAUUACGAGUACUAGUAUGAUAGCUGACAAAAAGAAUUUGGUGCCUUAAAGAGGAAAAGUUUUUUUUGUCACCCAUAACCUGCUACAAAUUAAGAAUUUUCUGCUCCUAAAGCAAGAUUUUCCUUCUCCAACAAUUGCUCCAAAUCAUAUUUGUGCUCUUUCACCCCUGUUAAGUAACAUCUUUUUUUCAUUUCGAAAAACUGCUAUCAAAGAUUUCAUUGUAUGUCAACUAGGCAAAUGAACUUUUGUUGAGUGCAUUCGGGCAAAUUCAUUCAUCAGCAUGUGUUAUUAAGCUUUUCCAUGCCUGUGUACAACACAGAGAAAAGAACACUCCUUCAACGUGACACUAACUUUUCUAUUAACUGGUAUAAAAUUUAGAUGGACACACUUGCUUCUUGGUCAAAGUUUAUCUGAACAUAGCAAUGACCCUUUUAGAAAGUAUCUUAAAUGCACAUCUUUUAUGAUUUGUUGUAGAUGAUUGUUCAGAUCAUAAAAUACAAAGCUCAUGGUUAUAAGGGAAUGUAGCCCAUGAUUGUCACCUAUGAUUAGUUGAUUUGGCAUUGGUCUUGCAUAACUUUGCACAAAUUAUUUGAUUCACCACAGCAUAUCAUGGAAAUGGAUGUAGGUGCAUUUUGUAUCUGGCUUGUUUCGAACCCAUUACUAUUUUGUGCUUUUCUAUUGGCUUUCACCCGUAGUAGUUGUGAGCAUUGUAUUUUAUACACCCCCUGCUCUAUGCUCAUGGACCCUCCUGUGAACUGUUGUCAUUACAUUUCACCCCGCAGGAAGGUCUGCUCAACGGAGAAAUUGGAAGAACCUUGUGUUCAGUGAGUUGCAUUUUACACGGACCCAUGUUGGGAAAAGCACUAUUUAAAAAAAUUUGUCAUUCUUAUGACUCCACACAGCAAACAAAAAAGACGUGCAUUUGUCCUGCCUGAGGAAUGUGUGGGUCAUCCACUCUGGCACAGAAACGCUCAUCUGCUUGAGGGAGACCUCUUUGUUGUCUAGAAAUUGGGCAAGACUUCUACAUGAUGUGUGCUCCUAUUGCCUUGCUUCCAGUUCCUGAACUUAUUGUGCUUUAGGGGUCCCUAAGCUUUGUCGCUCCAGUGUCGAUUUUGGUUUGUGCACAAUAACAUAGCUGUUGCUGUGCUGAAAUAGAGUAAAACCUUAUUAUUAUGUACCCACUUUAUAUGCACGAGCAGUUAACACGUAGUUGCGGCAAACCACCAACUGAGCCUCCAUAGAGCCUAAUUUAUACACUGACCACAUAAGCUGUGGCAGUUCUUCUCAUGCUUACCACUUAGUGCAUACCAUGAUUACUUUUUGUCGCGUAUACACUAGCUAGUCCCUUUAUCUCGUGGUAUGGCCAGUGACAGAAUAUCCUGGGAAAAAAGUCUUUCACACUCGCAGUAAGAGCAAAGGCCAAUCAACCAAAGAUUCAGACUUCCGCACAAGUGCAGCAAUGCCUGUGCAAAUAAAAAAUGGAAGGACUUGAAGGCAUGAUGACGGCCACCAACAAAUGCGACAGUAUGACUUAUCGCUAACAGCCCUAUCAUGAUAAGAAUCUUCAGCUACCUUCUCGACUGUACGUGUGGCAUAGAGCUGUUGCAAGUGCACUGUGCCUUUCCAGUAGGCUGUUUCUGCCAUUUAUGCCACUUUCUCGCACAGAAUUGCUUGUGCGUUAUGGAGGUGUGCAAUGCACUUUGCUCACAGAAGUGAAAACAAUGUGCCGUUGCUGUGUUAACGCAAUAAAAUACUCACCAAACAACCCAUGCAUAGUCGGGAGAAAAGUGGGUACAAAUGUACCCUUGGCAUUUGAAAUGUGUACAUAUGAUAGAGCAAACUCCCUAGCAGCGAUAGUCGGAGCUUUUAAGGUGACUUGCUGCACACAAGUGCCUGGGAUAAUUGGCUCCACACAACAGGACGUACCUUGUGCAAAAACUAUCGCCAGUGUUUGCUCAGUAGCAGAUUUCAGUAGACUUGUUCUGAUGGUGACUGCCUGACAAGUUGUCCAGUUGCUCUGGUGCCAUGUCAGCCACUAUGCAGGUUCCCUGUUACGAUUCCAAAAUGCUUUUUGACUUGGUAAUUACGCACUGUAGCUCAGUCUUGCAAAAGAGCUAGAAUAUUUUCUGUGCUUGGUAAACAGUAACGUGAGCCUUGUCGUAGGUACAUUAAACAAAAUUUAAUGUGGCAUUCGAUCUACUACUUCGGUACUAAUGGUGCACGUGAAGGAAUGCUAAGGUGUGCAUGGCUGUUGCUGUGUAGUACUGUUUAGUGCAUGCUUAAACCACGUUCCAAGAGGAUAUAUAUUAAUGAGGUUUUGCUCGUCUGUGCUGGCAGCAGCAGAUUCUUUGCCAGCAAUGCAACGGAGGCAAGACAAAAACACCGCCAGUGUCUGUGCCUGUAUGCUGCAAGUCAUUGAUUUUUCGCCCCUCAGGGUUGCGUUGCUCACCGAGUUUAUGAGAGCAGUGCCUGGUCAAACUGCACAGUUCUCUCUUGUCCAAUCGCCCAGGCAGGCCUACCAUUGUCUCCGACAUUGCUGCUCACCUGUGUGGGUCAUUACACUGUCUUACGUGCACCUAUAUCUCCACACAUAGUGCUGUCAUCAUAAAAACCUCCAGUUAAGACUGAAUGCUGACAUUUAUGGUCCUGUAAGCUCAGUCAUUAGCAUUUAUUAGGUAUAAUCAGUUUACUUUGCUGGCACUAUCAUGUUGUCAUUCCUGGGUGAAAAUAUCACUUGUUCCAUAAGAUGCCUACAUGGAAGUAACUGAAACAAAACAUAACUCAGAAAGAAUGUGUAUUAGAGUGUGCUAGAGGAAUUUGAGGUGCACAAACACACACUAGUGCACAGCUUUCAUGUUAUUGAUGUCUGUUUUGUGCUCUUCAUCGCUGCUUCUUUCACACAAAACAAGCUUGAACUCCAACCAGCUAAUUGUUUUAAGUUUAGCCAAGCUUCAACGUAUGCUCAACACUGCCUUUGUGUUACUCCAUGUUGUUCUUAGUUCUGGCCCAGUCCCUAACCUUUAACCUGCCGGACUGCUUCCUCUAGCGGUUCGAACAAGUGUUAUGUGCCUUGGAAUAACAGAACACUUAGGUUUUAAGUGAAGUGAGAGAAAUCAGUCGUCUGCCAUUGGUAACUUUUCUCUCAUCUGUUGUUCCCUGAACAGUCCAUUUUUGUGUAUCCAAUUAUUUAGCUCUUUGCAUGCUGGAUGUGCACCUUGGCCCUCCCCACCUCGCAGCUUUAUGGAGAGAUGAACCACAUGCAUGCUGGAGCAAUUUAAGCGAAACGGUGGCUUUCAUGUUCACUUUACCAUUUGGUAAAUUAUUGCUUUAAGCCUGUACAACUAUCCCCAUUAUGCGAUUCAUGUGUUACAGCAUAAUCCAGUGCAUGGCAGUUCAGGUGCCGCUUCACUGAUGUCGCUUCACUGUGCAGUUCUUGAACAUAUGCGCACGAGUGCGUGUGUAGAGGCCAAAAUAAUAUGUUCAAGAAAUUUGUGUCAUAACUCGCUCCCCUUGAAUCCCUUAUGUUAAGAGUUGUUAAAACGGUCUAAUUGCUCGACGUAGCUUGGCCCAUUGCUUUACAGAAUAGUCAAAAGGUGUGAUGCUUAAAGUACUUUAUAGCUUUAAGAAAGAUGACUUAUUUUGCUUUAAAAAGUACGUUGUAUUUACAGAAACAUGUGCUUUUUCUCUCUUUUCAUGGGCUUAGACAUAAGGUUCCCUUCCCCCUCUAUCACAGGGUAAACUUCAUUCACUGGCUAUUUAACAUAUGGCAAGCCCUAUCACCAGAGGACUAAUUUCUAGGCUUGUGGGAAUAUUCAAAUGCUUUGAAUAUUCAAACAAGUAUUAUUGUAUUUGAAUUCGUUUUGAUUAUUGAAAAUUUUAAAGUAUUAAAAAAAAAACGAAUAAGUGAAUAUUGCUCUGCAUGUGACAACUGGGCAGGUGGUUUCACUGCUGUGGACGAGUGCUGAUCCGUGAAAGCAUUUGUCCAAAUGCAUAUUUGCAUUUAAUCUUCUCCUUGCAAAGGGGGUUUCACUGCAUGUAAGCAGUGCUAUGCAGUGAGUACAUCUAAUAAAGAAAAAUUCACAUUGUCUCGGAAGUGCCACUCUAAAGUUAAAUUAACAUAUUGUCCUCACAUCGAUUCACUAUUUUUGAAGUUCAAAAGCUUUUAAACCUUCAAACAACAUAUUUACUUGCAUUCUACCGCAAGUCAAAUACUGCUACUAUGAAGAGUUCUUCACACUUCUUUUGAACAAAGAACAAUGGCACUAGCAUGGGCCUUUUUUCAAUUUUAAAAAAAUAUUGUGCAGGUUAUUUUGGUCAUGACAAAUAUUUCAAUUUUUAUAAGAUGUGAUACAUAGUAUUUAGAAUUUGAUUCGAAAUAAUUCGACAAAAUUCACUAUUCACUUCGAAGCUGAAAUUCACAAUUCACACACACACACCUACAAAUUUCUUUUGGAGGGUCCAACUGCCGCAACAGCUUUAGACUCGUUGGACUGACCCACUGCAGUAAUCUUUGUGUCACAUGAUAGCACAUUUGCAACUUGUACACAUCUCUUCUUGGCACAGUGCUUUUUAUUUGAACCUUUUUAUUUGGCACCGUUUUAUUUGAACGUAGUAGAUAAACAGUACUGCAAUGCAUGUGCACCUAGGCCUUGGCCUCUGAAAAUGGCCUCGGCUGCUGCAAAUGGUUUCACGUGGUCUCCCGUCAUGGUUAUAAAUCUAUGCUGCUGUGACCCUGUUCUGGACCUAGAGGCUUGGUGUCAUUAUUAAAAAUGUACUUCCACAACUUCUUCCCUGUGCUUAUUAGUUUCAACUUGCAAGUACGAAUGUAGGAAUCCAAGUCAGUUCUCUUUGUUUUGUUUUGCUGAGAGGCAUUUUCGUGUAAAAAUUCGCUUGUAGUAGCACCGCCAUUGGUACGGAACCAUAUGUUGUUUUAUUCAAAAACUUGCGUCUGGGCAGCCGUAGUAUAAUGGCUUUGUGUGACCGGCACUAAUUCAUAGGGCCUGAUAAAGCUCGGCCAGGUACUUGAAAUCAUAAAAUAGCAAAUGCCAAGACUGUGAAAACUCGUCCUGUCUCUCUAGGCAUAUGGAUGGGAAUGUAUUGAAAGCACUGCAUGGCCUUGAGUGUUAUCAAUUUCUUAUUGCAAAAGUUCAAGUUGGUGGUUCAUGGAGAGUGAACAAGGUGCAGAUAGUUAGAGACUUAAUUGGCAGAGGUACGAGAUAAUGCAGGGAAUAGAGAUGGAUGUGGUACAGUGUAGAAUGGACGUAGUGCAGGUGUAGAAUGGAAAAGUAAAUCACUUGAUGCCGUGCUUUAUCUGUGAAUGCCUUGAGCCACUGGCCUCCCAUAUUUUAAGUGCCCCUAAUGUAGCAUUUGUCACUGCACCAUGUUUGUGCGUAUGCAGAAAAAUGAUCAAAUGAUUUUUAUAUUUAGUAGUAACAUGCACGGUAUUUUUUUAGGAGCACAUGAUUGUUGAGUGCAUGGAUCGUUAAAUUCGUUCUGCAUUUGCAAGAUUUCUUGGCAGUCUGUUUUCUUAGACAUAAAGAACUGUUAAGCAGCACUAAGGUUUGCACACAUUGUGCUCUUUUCAUGAAAAGUACUGUCAACUGCUACUAUACAAAAAAAAAUUAUAUAAUGAAGCAGACCUGUCAUGCGAUUAUCACGGUGCUAAAAAAUUAGGCUGUGCAGUGAUGUCGAAACUCGGGUGUGUACUUUGCGAUGUUAUGUAGUAAUAGUGCAUCGUCCCCCACCCCAUUACACAAACCCUCUUUUAUACAUCUGACUACAUUGGCAAUAGGAUCAGCCGCCUGAGUGAUUGGUGAUACGACUUAACACACAAUGGAGCUGAAGGCAACAGCAUAAAAUGAUGGCACUGUGUUUAUUUUUUUUUUGGUGGGGGGGUACAAGCACGAAAGAAAAAUUUGUUGCGCACUGCAUUUUAUCAAUAUCACUGCAUCCGAAAGUGAUUACGAACUAAAAUUUAGCCAGUGCCAACUGUGUUAAAAGCAGUGUUAUGAAGAUCCACAUGUAACGCUAUGCAUGGUGCAUGUCUGUGCCUGAAGCUUCUUGCAGCAUUUGGCUACCACAGCCUCUGCAUUUUCUUGUAUAUUGUUUCGUGCCCCAGAGCCUGUGUUGGUAACAGUAGUAUGAAGUACGUAUGUUAAAAUAUUGCUGUUCACAUGGGCCAUGAGGAAAUAUAAGUUCUUGACAGCUUCUGUGUUUCGAAAUUUCAACUAUUCUAGCUGAUGUACAAGCAAGUGUAUAAAGGUGUACAUUCAUUUAUUUGCUGCUUUUCGUUUUCCAGGCUCUAUAUAUAUAUAUGGGGUUGUGCUUUGUGCCCUGAGCUACAGGCCAGAUACUCUAUUUUUUCUACAGCACACUUCAUUUUUCGCAAAGUUUUUGUUCUUAUUUAUAGGGAGGAAGUUGUAGUAGUAAAGGUAGGCGGCUCUCCAGUAUAAGGAAAUUGUGCUGUUUGUGACUGUUAACUCUCCAAGUAACUCUUGCACGUACGUUUCUUUAUGGGAAGGCUGUAGAGGUAACUGGUAGUUGUGUGUAAAGAAUCUUUGUUAUGGCUGUCAGUGAGUGGUCCGGGAACUUGUGUAGAAUUUCUUCCCAUUCCUUUGCUCUCGCUAUCUGUCAUUCUGGCUGUGAUUUAAUUGGCUGAAUCCCAAUUUCUAUUAUCUGAUCACCAUGGCCCCAUUUCAGGCAGUAUGAAAUGCUUUUUGUUUUGUAGGCCUUAUGAAAGCUUUAAGCAUGGGUUUCUCUGUUCCUCAGUGAAUAGCUGGUGGCUGCAUGUACCAUACAUUAAACAAAUAGGAGGCUGCUUGUCUUGCCAUGUUUCAAAGCUGACGUACUGCGCAACAUUUUCAUUUAUGAACUGUUGCACUUGUAGACUCCUAUGAGCAUUUUUUUUCCCCCAGUGGACUUAGUCGAUACACAUCACAAUAUUGUCUUUUUCAUUGUCCUUUCUUGUGGGUACUUGCAGGCCAUCAGUGUUGUGCGGUCAUUUUGUUUUGACUUGUGUGUUAUCGUUUCAAAGUUUGUAUGCUGUGUUGUUUUAGUUUUAUGUGAAUGUUGUUUCAGAAAGUUGUUCCUUGUAUUUUUAUCUUUAUCACCCCUGCAAUUCAGGUUGGGCGUGACUUCUCCACCCAAGACUGUGACACUGAGGAGCCUCUGCCCUUUAUGUGCAUAGACCGCUUGCUGUCAGAGUUAUGCUCAAAAUGUUUGUUGUUCUUCCUGGCAUUGUACUCUGGGCUGCUCGUAUGUAUGAGAAUGUACUGACAUACUCACGCUGCCGUUGCAGUCGGUCGAGCAUGUGUAACUGCAGUUUUGGAGCUGUUUCAAUUGUGACAUGGCUGUUUCGUGGUCCUGUUCUUUACUGUAGUCUGCUUUUGCAAUUAAUGCAUGCCUUGGAGAAAUCGCAGCAAUUGUAUAUCUGUACCAAAUAUACUUAUUGCUUGCAUUCAUGUUCUCAGAACCCCCACCACCACAUCCUCUGCAUGUGCACACACAUUAAGGCUUUACCUGAAAUAUGGAAGAACAGUGAUUGCAAUUUGACCUUUAUUGUUGUAGAGGUAGAAUAUAAGUUAAAAGAAGCAUCACUUCUCAGACGCAGCACUCGUGAAGGUGGUGGCUACUUGCAAUGUUAUAAAGCUCACAUGUGUCCAACUGAAAGUUGUAUGUGGACUACACCAGCUUUAUGAACAUUCUCUUCAUAAUUUGCUUCUUGAUUCUUGUUGGUACUUGAAGCUUCAAAAUCUUCGUUUCCUUGUGUGAAGAAAAAAUGUAUAUAUAAAAGGAAAAGCUGUUUCUAUUUCUGACAUUUCUUUGUUCUUAAUUCUCAAUUUUAUGUCACAUGAGAGCAACCAACCAACGGAUUGGCAAACGUAGUAAUAAGCGUGUUGUGCAGCUCGGUAACCACAGGACCACUCCUUGAAUCUUGGCUAAGGAGCAGUGAACUAUGGUAAAGUGCAGAUGCGGUGUACAGUAGAGUGCUGACAUGUGACGACGAUUCUUUGUAGACAUAUGGCUGUGUCAGCUCCCACACCUCAAUUUUUUUUUUUUUUUUCCACAUACCGCACAAAGUGACCUUACAUGAAAUGUCUGCCGUCAGAAAUGUUCAGCCCCGUGAACUGAUAUUUCUUCCAUGAUCUGCCAGUAAACUUCAAACUCUGUACGAACAGUGUAUUUUCCUCUUUUUUUUAAUGUCUUCAGCACAAUGGCGAAGAUAUUUUACAGAACUCAAUUUUGUAUGAGGCAACGAUGCAGAUGCCUUUGAGGGCAGUGUUCAGCUGUACACAUUGACAGUGCAUGCUUUCCUUUUGUACGCUGCACAGUAUGAGAUGACAUUCACAUGUGUUCGAGGAGCACCUAGGAUGUAAAUAAAUUAUUUGAUAUAUGA